UAUAUGUAUAUCUAUGUAGUGUUAUAAUAAACUACUGACUCUUCCUGGCACAGGUUUUAGCUUCACGUCCAACACGCUGCAAAUGGGAUCUUCAUCUCAUAAAAUUUGUAUUACAUUUGGGCUUCUUGUUUUAGCUCAUGCUGCCUAUUCGGCUGCUCAACAUCGGGCAUAUCUACGUUUGAUUAAAAAUGACUUUACUCGAUUACCAUUGGAUAUUUUAGUCCAGUGUCUGGUCAGUUUGUUAAUCAUUUGUUAUGGUGUUGUGCAUAUUGCUGGUGCCUUUAAAGAAAUUCAGUCAAGUGCUGAACUAGAAAAUAAAAACUGGGAGAUGUUGAGUAACCGACAAUCUUUCUGUAGCUUCAACCACAGAGGGAAAGCUUUAUUUGCUUGAUAAUGCAUUUUCUAUGUACUUUGACAAUGUAAAUAAAUAUGCUUCUGUAUAAAUUGAA